UCCCACCUCCCCCUCCAGGCGUGACGUGCAGAUAGAAAGCGGGACCUGCCCUCCCGUCGCCAUUUUUCGGUCUCGUACUCGCACUUCUAGUGGCUCGGGUGAGGGGGGGGAAGAGCAGAAAUAAGGGAAAGUAUAACAUUUGGAAUCGGUAAACCGGGAUCCCUCGUAAGAAGUCAGGAAUGCACGCGAGAGCUACAGCAUAACGUACUGCCACCGGAGAUGCACGCGCAGGUCGCUGUUGUAAAAUAAUUGUUGGUGUGAAGACGUGUUGCGGGCCGCCAUUUUUUUGCUGUGCUGCCUCAAAAGUCUGCUCCGACUCGAGAAAGGGGAUUCAAAAACGCAUUUCCAUGACGUGUGCCUCACCGUAAGAUCAAGAAGAUACAAACUAUCAUUUGGUUUCCGACCCGCUGCUACUGGCGACCUUUUUGCCGACAUGAGGAUUUAUCAGAUGAAAAACUGAGGCCACCUUUUCCGUUCUCAUUACUAGCACUGACUGGAGGAGAUACAUUAUUAAAAGAGAAGCCCGGUGUUUUCUCGGAAGGCGGAACGAAAAAGGGAAGCUUCAUUGAUCAUUUGUUGCUUCGCUCUCCGUCGAUGUUUGUCUGUCGUAAGUUUUUAGUUUUUCUAUUUUGGCCGCUCUAACAAUCACUCAGCCAUUGACUGCUGAACACAGGAACCACAUUAUGUUCCAAAGUUGGAUCAAGCCAGUCGCAGCCUGUCUCUGAAAACGUCAGGUGGUUUUUGUGUUCUGUUUUUUUUUAAUUAUCAGAGGUCUCCGGAGCCUGCAGCGUUUGUGCAGAAAUCACCCGAAAACCUUAGAGGACGACGAAUGCCCUGCCCUGCAUCUUCCAAAUCCUCAUAUUUGAAAUGUCAACUGCUCGGUUUGAUUCAGCUGAUCGGUCCGCCUGGUAUUUUGGACCCGUGUCACGACAAGAGGCACAGAAUAGGUUACAAGGACAGAGACAUGGCAUGUUUCUUGUUCGAGACUCUUCGACCUGCCCUGGCGACUACGUGCUGUCAGUAUCUGAAAACUCCAAAGUAUCUCACUAUAUCAUCAACUCUUUGCCCAGCAAGAGGUUUAAGAUAGGUGACCAAGAGUUUGAGCACCUCCCUGCUCUCCUGGAGUUCUACAAAAUCCACUACCUGGAUACCACCACGCUGAUAGAGCCAGCCCCCAGGUACCCAAGCACAGUGAGCGGACCCAUCCAGCCCGUGGGUGGCCCAGAGGAGAACCUUGAGUAUGUGCGGACUCUAUAUGACUUCACUGGCAGCGAUGCAGAGGACCUUCCCUUCAAGAAGGGGGAGAUCCUUAUUAUCCUGGAGAAGCCAGAGGAGCAGUGGUGGAGCGCCAAGAGUAAAGAGGGACGUGUCGGGAUGAUCCCUGUGCCCUAUGUGGAAAAAUUGGUACGACCAUCGCCUCAUCCUGGCCAGCCUUCCUAUGGAUCUCGCAACUCCAACAGCUAUGGGAUCCCUGAGCCCUCCCACGCCCUCGUCCACGCCUAUGCCCAGCCCCAGACACCAUCGCCACUGCCCCCUGGCACACCUGGAGCAGUUAUCGCCCCUCUACCGUCCCUGCAAAACGGCCCCGCCAUGGCAAAGGCCAUCCAGAAACGAGUGCCGUGUGCCUACGACAAAACCGCUCUUGCUUUAGAGGUCGGUGACAUCGUCAAGGUUCUACGGAUGAACAUCAGCGGUCAGUGGGAGGGCGAGGUGAAUGGACGGAGGGGUCUCUUCCCGUUCACCCAUGUCAAAAUCAUAGACCCCCAGAAUCCAGAUGAGAGUGACUGACCCAAGAGCUCGACUGAACCUUCUCGCCAGAAUCGACCUGUACCUGAAUCUGCUGGCUGUCUCCACCUUUCCCGCCAGUGUCACCACGGUUACGUGCUUGCCUGCUUGGGGGCUGUACCAUGAUAGCGACCCCUCUGUUGUUGCCAACCGUUGCAAGGCUUUCUGACUGUUUACAGCUUUGGACAUUGGAUCCAAACUAAAAACCUGACCCCACUUUUCCCAGUUCCCUUUCCUAUGACUUGGUUUCAGACUGGGCAGUGUUUCUUUUUUUUUUGCAUUUGUGUCCUUUUCAUUUCCAGAUCACUGGGCAUCAGUGUGAGUGUAUGUGUGUGCGUAUGUAUAAGUGCGUGUGUGUUCACAAUAGAUAUUAACCACAAAACACACAAUGUCUGUUUUUUUUUAUUAUUAUUAUUUGAAUUCUCUCAAUAUUUGUUACAUUUGAAGUCUUGGGGACAUAAGAAAGUGUUGGUGUGUGUUUGUUUUGUUGAUGUGAGUACAUUUGUACGAAGUAGGGAUCAGUAACAUCCCUACGGAGUUGGGAGAGCACUGAGGCAAUGAGGAGCUAAUAGUGCGUUCCAUUUACCUCGGAAGCCGGAGCUGGGAAUGACGUCACACCCGAGUUGAAUGCGUUUUUCAUUUAUCAUUUACAAGUUGGAUUUUUCAUUGUGGGGUUAGCUCUAGCCAGGUUAGCCAUUGUUAGCAAUACCAGUUGAUAACAGCGCAUUACGCUGUUUUUGCAUUCAAACAGCAUAAAUACAUGUCCACAGAUAGAAGUUGGACAGGACUGUGUGUACGACUCUUAGUCUAGUGAGACCCCAGUGAGACAGAAGUGCUAAUAACUGUUGAUGCACAUGGCAUCCAUGUUGGAUUUUGAGCUCUGGGUAGUGUGAGGUUGUCAGAGUUCCGAGCUUGGAAAUCCGAGGUCGGAGGAGCGGGGUUUCCAACUUUGACCCCGGAAAAUCCAACUUCCGAGUGCAAAUGGAACGCAUUAUAACCAGCCAGUCCAAUGUUAUUUCUCCAAACAAUCAAGUCACUGUUAUACCGAAACCAACACACACACACACACACACACACACACACACACACACACACACACACACACACACACACACACACACUGGCCAUGAGGUAUUCAGGUUGACAGGUUUUUUUUUUUAUGUGAUGUGUGACUGGAGUCAGGAGAAAGCACGAGAGAUGGGUUUGUGGAGGAUCUAGGUUGUACUGUGACAUUAUAGAUCCCAUGAUCCCAUCCACUCUUCAAAAUUAUUUAUCUGUUAAUAAGACAUGACACGGCCAUAUGUCUCUUUUUCUUAUUUGUGCCACAUGAUCAACAGUAGUGUUUUUUUUGUUUGUUUUAUAUUUGUGGCUUGGAGAACAUGUAUGUUAGAGGGAUAACUUUGCAUGUCCACUCGGUACCUCUCUUUACUGUCUUAGGACAUUGCUUAGAGAUUAGCAGGUUUUUAAUGCCAACAGCACCAAGCACUAGAAGAUAUAUUUCAACGUUCUGCAUAGGUGCGCCAAGCUUUGAACCGGUUUUCAAAAGUCAAAUAGAAAUGGCCGCAACCCUUGCCCACGCUUCCCACAAGCAUUUGACUACAAGGCUAGCUAAAAAUGCAUUGUCACAGUGUGGGCAUGAGAACUGAAGGCUUUCUGCUGAGGUGAGAAACUAAUUUCAGUGGCAUAGGUCAGGGGAGGAGGAAGUGUUUCAGCAAGUCCAUGAGAAUCCCAUCAAUGCCUUUUUCAGAGAGUAAGCUAAAUGCAUAUUUUAGCGCAUGCAAUCCCUAAUAAUCUCACCUAAUAUUUGGUCUCUGCACAAUUGUCUCUCUUUAUGCAAACAGGCUCUGUCAGAGUAGUGGGAAGCAUAUUUGUUCCUACUGUGCUGCAACCAGUUUUACCAGUAGAAGUCGAGGAUAAAACAGUUGUACAAACAGUGCUGACCCCCAGGUUUCUGCUGUAAAAAAUGGGGGUGUAAUAACCAUUUCACCCCCUGUGUCUCAGCUUUCCGAUUAAAUCAAUGCUCAGCCGUUUACUCUGAGUAAUAUUGUGCAGUUUUAGUUGUAUCCCUAUUUUUUAUUUUUAUUUUGUCCGGUUAUAGUCCGCUAGUAAAUCAAGCAUUUCUGUUAAAAUGAAUAAUAUUAAAAAAAAAAAAAAAAAAAAAAAAAGUACCUACGGUGACAUUUACAAAAGGGAAAAUGCCUGCUGGUUGCCUCUGUGCAUGACCUCUUGGCCAGGGGGAUGGUUCUCCUUGGCCAAAUGCUGCUUAAUGUCAUUUAUUUCCUUAUUAAAUAAAGGUUUCUCUUAUUUUAAUCCCUCCUCAUCUGUGCAAACAAACCAGUUUGGGUUAUCCUCAUCAAACUUGAUGAAGUUACUAAUUAAGCAAUACACUCUGAUUAUUUCCUUUUCUUGAGGUGAACUUCCUUUUCUCAUGCUUCUGAGUUGUUUUGUAAUGGCAUUAACAGUAUUACUGUGCUCUCUUCUCAUAUUCUAGGAAAACCUGUCUUUUACUUAAGAAUUGAAAAUUGUGCCUUUUAUUUUCUUAUACCAUUUACAUGUGUUAAUAUUUCCCAUGGUUAACACCUGUGCUGGUAUUGACCCUUUAUGUACAGAACAAGUAAAUAAAAUUUACGUCUACUUCUUUAA